GAUUUGGCACGUCGAGAGAAAUUUCAACGUCCGUGCUUGUCCUUGAUUAUAUAUAUAUAUAUACAUUAAUUGGCCUGGCUUUUUGAGAAAAGCAGAGAAGGAAGCAUGGCAAUUUCAGAUUUGCUCAAUCGGCGCAUGCGAGCCCGCCCAGAUGAGGAUGACGACGGAUAUUCAGAUCCAUCCGGAUCGGAAGCGAGCAACGCGAAUGUUGGUCUUUCGGAUGAAUCGGGGUUGGAGGGUGGGAGUGAUGAUGAUGAUGAUGAUGAUGAAGGCAGUGACCAGUCUCGCGGGUCCGAGUCCGAGUCCGAAGAUCCAGACGAAGAAAGCGACCAAGAUAGCAGCGAAGAGGAGGAUGACGGCGAAAACGACGUCCAAGCCUCACUGAGCAACAUAUCUUUCGGCGCCCUUGCCAAGGCCCAGGCGUCUCUCGGCCCCAAGGCCAAACGGAAUGCCAAAGCUCUCAAGAGGAACAAGGAUGAAGAUGCCGGCUCAACGUCAUCGCCACUAGACGAUAUUCGAGCCCGAAUCCAAGAGGCCAGGGAACAAAAGCGCAAGGCGUCACUCAAGUCCAAAGAUGCGGACAAGCCCGCACGGUCGUCCAAACACGCACCCGCGGUGCAGUCCUCUAAAUACGCCGUUUCCCGGAAACGCACUGUUAUCGAGGCGCCCAGUUUGCCCAAAUCCCGAGACCCGCGGUUUGACCCGACGGUUAUUGGUGGCCGACAUAAUGCUGCGGGCCCGAGCAAUGCGUACGCUUUCUUGGAUGAUUAUCGCGCUUCGGAACUUAAAGAGAUGAAAGAACAACUUGCCAAGACGAAGGACCCUAAGCAGAGAGAGGCGCUACAGCGAGAUAUCCGCUCGGCUUCAGAUCGUCUACGCACUAUUGAAAACAAUAAACGAGAGAAGGAGAUCCUGGCGGAUCACAAGAAGAAAGAGAAACAGCUUAUUCGUGAAGGAAAGAAGAGCACACCGUACUUCUUGAAGAAGUCGGAGCUUAAGAAACAGGUGUUGUUGAAGAAAUAUGAAAGCAUGAAUUCUAAAGACCGGGCAAAGGCACUCGAGAGAAGACGGAAGAAGGCUGCUUCGAAGGAAAUCAAGGCAAUGCCCAUGGCUCGCAGAGGAUUUGGCGGAGACGAUGCCCCUGACUUUAGUGGAAGUCGGAAACGACGACGGGUAGAAUGAUGUCGCUAUACGAAUGGCUAAUUAGGAAUAUUCGUCUUGGUCCUGCGCCGAAAACUGCAUAAAUUUCGUUUCUUCAAAAUACUACCAAGGUGAUGCUCAAAGCAUGUAUUAGGACGACCAAAACAUUAUUAGUUGACAUUAUCCAAAACUACCCGCAUCCCUUCCUUGUCACAUAAUGAGACACUAAAUGAGGUCUCAGGAUUACCGUGGUCCUAAUAAAUCCAAAGAAGAAGAGGAGAAAUGAUAAUGAACAAAACUAAUGGUAUCGCAACAAAGCAUCAAAACCAUGACAAAGAUCGCCGAAAUAUGAGAGAUCUGGAACGAGGUAUGGACGUAAUGUAAUUCUUUGGGGGGGAAAUGGGGGAGGGAAGAUAGAAAAACUCCUCAGAAACGCCAUCAAA